GAGAGAGAAGAAGGAGCGUUGUUGUUGUUUCUCUCACUCACUCGCAUCGAGAAAAAUUGAAGAACUCAUCGCCGGAGAAUGACGAAGAAGCAAAAUCUCCGAUCAAAGGAGUCAUCUCUCGGAGACGAUGCUGAGAAGCUUUACGAGAAGAAGAUUCGAGAUCUGGAGUCCGUGAACGAAGCUCUCAAGUGUGAUGUGGAGGAGUUAAGGUCAAAAUUGGCUGAUGUUUCGAUUAGCUCUUCGGUUGGUACGUUACAGUCGAGCAGAGAGUUUUCUCAGAAGUCUAUUGCUACAAAAGAGGAGGGUAUGAGUACAAGGAGUAAGUCAAAUUUGAACUCUAUGUGUUCAACAAAGAAGUAUAAAACUGAGAGUUCUGUUAAGCAGUGUGAUGGUGAAGUUCAGAAAUUAAAAGCGCAAAAGGUUAAGUUGCACUGUAAGAUCAAGCUAGACUCUAUGCAGUUUAGACUAGUGAAAGCUUCACUAGAAAAGGAAGUUCUUCAGCUUAAAAAAGAGCUAAGGAAAAGCGAGUUUGAGAAACAUGUCCUGUCAGCUUUGAACAAUCGACAGAAGCUGAUUCUGCAGCUGAAGAGUACACAAGCUUUGACAGCCUUGAAGCGCCUAAAAAUGCGGCUUCAUUCUAGAAAAGUUUCUUCCAACAAAAGCAAAGGUCCAUCAAAAGGAACAAACUCUGGGAUUCAGGAGUCUAGCAAUGAAUCAGGGCUACUAAUGAAGUUGAAUAAGAUCCAUUCUGAUUACGAACGCCAAAUGAAAGAAAUGGCUGAAGAGGUCAAAAGGUUCAGCUUAGAGGCAAGUGUGUUGAAGGCAGAAUUUGAGGGAGAUCAAAGCUCAUGCUCUGCAUCAUGUGACAACCAAAUCAACCAUACUCCAAUGGACUCAGAACUGAAGGAACUUAAGGAAGAAUUUCACAAACUGAGUACUUUAGUCAGUCAGAUGGAAAUGACCAAAUCCCAAUUCAGUGAAACAGAUAAAGUUCAGGGUGAACCAGUUGAACGCUCUAUUACCAGCAAGAAUACCGACGACCAAACAACCCCGGAGCCAUCUCAACUGGAACCUCCUGAAGAAACACUUUGCAAAAAAGAGCAGAGCAAAGCAGAAGUGUGUUGCUCUUGCUCUAAAAAAUCUUUGUGCAAGACCAAAAGUUGCAAAUGCAGGGCAAAUGGAAACGGAUGUGGAGACUCGUGUGGCUGCUUAGCUUCCAAAUGUAGUAACAGAGAAGAAGAAACCGUAAAACCAAUACAACCAGUAGAUGGUAAGAAACCUGCUGGAAUUAGCCAUGACGACAAAGACGCAAACAAACAACCAUUACGCGACAUAGGGAAUAUACAAGAUGCUGUAAAAGUUGGUAAGUUGAGGAAAGUGCAGAAACGGGUUUCUAAGAAAUAAUGAAAAGGAUGUGAAUGUAAAAUGUAAACAGAGAACUCUUCAAGAAGCUUAAGUGUUUUACUUUUGUUUUGUUACCAAAACCCUUGCAACAUAUUUUUCUAAGUUGUAAAAGAUAAGGUGUCAAACAUUUUGAUAAUUAAGAAUAGAUUAUAAGAUAUUUGGUU